GGUACAGAUCUCUAACUUAUUAUCAACUACAACCAACCUCACAUUCGGCUACUAGCAUCCAACUUAUUUCGAAUUUUUGUGUCCUGAUUCCUCGGUGACAAUGCUAGUCUCUCUCACUGUCGGCAAGGUCGAUGCCGGCGUAACUGUUCUUUUAACACCCGAUAAACGUUUGAUCGAAUUUCCUUCUAUUCUCUUGCCUCCCAACAUUAUCUCGGGCUCUAUAGUCGAUAUUACUGUCUCUCGCAACAACGAGUCCGAAGCCAAAGCAGAAGCACGGUUCUCCGCCCUCCAAGAUCAAAUAUUUUCCUCUUUUGGCGCUUCGCAGCCUAGCACACCUGCCCUUCGUUGCAGAAAUGCUACUCAGACUUCAGUAGUCCUUGAAUGGGACCCUAUCGAACUCGCUACCGCCGACCUCAUCUCCCUUUCCCUCUACCGCAAUGGCCAAAAGGCUGGCAACAUCCCUCGACCUCUUCAUAUGCAUAGCACUAAGAUCAGUGGUCUUGCAGUCGAUACCGAAUAUUCAUUCCACCUAGUCCUACGCACCACCGCCGGCACAUUUGCUAGCAAGCAGGUUGUCGUCCGCACUCACAAGAUGACCGAUUUGAGUGGUGUCACUAUUACCACCGGCAUUCUUCCGCCCUCCACGCGCGAAGAGCUCGCAAAGGCUGUCGAGCGCAUCGGCGCUAAGAUCGUCGAUGGUGUGCGCAUCGACACUACACACUUCGUUACCACUGAAGGUCGUGGUGUACCUUGGGAGAAGGCAGUUGAGAUGAAUAUCCCUGUCGUGCGACCCGAGUGGGUUGAGGCAUGUGAGAAGAAUGGCCGUAUCCUAGGCGUCACCAAAUUUUACUUGGAUGCGCCAAGGGCGAAUAUCCAAGGCCUCGAGGAAGCACAGAGGACGGCAUCGCCUCCUACACCGGCUCAACAAAGCCAGAAGGAUCUCCCACAGACCCCAAGCCAGUCUAGAGAGAGUAAAGAAGUCGAAACGAAAAAAGAAGAGAACAAAGAGGAAGAGAGCAGCGGUGAGGAUGAUGAAGAAGACGAGGAGGGCACAGGAGAUGAUGAAAAAGCAAGGGCUACGGACGAACAGAAAGUGAGGCUCGAAGAUAAGGAUACUCAGAAAGUCGCUCUGCGGCCUAGCCGUGAACAACCAUCGCCCGACAAAGAGACUGCCGAGGAUUCGGAAGAGGAGGCAAAUUCGGAGGGUAAACCUGAGCCUUCCCCCGGUGAUGGGGCGUCCUUCCAAGAUGUAGCGCUAUAAAUACGGUCUACGAUCCGAAGUGCUCACUAGCAUGGAGUUUUCAGAGGUUUCCAAAAUACCCGGCCAGGUAAUAAAAAUGGCAGUUGUCAGCUUGGGCUAUUAAUAUACCUGUGUACAGUAGGGAUGCGGGAAUGUGUCACAUUGACGUCUUGCAGUCACGUUUAUUCGUAUAACUCUAGUA